GCUUUUUCAACCGUGGUGUACAUUGCUUCGUAAUUGGCAAAUUCUGGCUGUCACACAUCCUGGCUAUGUUGCAUUCCUGACAUAUGAUGAAGUUAAACAGAAAUUGCAAAAAUAUUGUAAUAAGCCGGGCAGCUAUGUUUUUCGCCUUAGUUGUACUCGAUUAGGCCAAUGGGCAAUUGGUUACGUAGCACCUGAUGGGAAAAUCUAUCAGACUAUUCCGCAGAAUAAAUCUUUGAUACAAGCAUUGGUAGAUGGUAGUCGGGAAGGAUUUUAUCGUUUCCCUGAUGGAAGACCCAUUAAUCCUGAUUUAACACAUGCUUUACAACCAACUCCUGAAGGCCAUUUGCAAGUAACUCCUGAGCAGUAUCAGAUUUAUUGUGAAAUGGGAACGACAUUUGAAAUGUGUAAAAUUUGCGCUGAAAAUAAUAAAAAUGUAAAACUAGAGCCAUGUGGUCAUCUUUUAUGCACACCUUGUCUUCAAAGCUGGCAGGAAUCGGAUGGUGGAAGCACUUGUCCAUUCUGUCGAUGUGAAAUAAAAGGAACAGAAAAAGUAAUCAUAGAAUCGUUCCAUCCAACUAAAAAAAGAGUAGUUGCGAAAUCAAAAGGUGGUUUUGGACUGAUGGAAAACCGGUUGACCUGGCCUCCAAGGACUGAAGGAGGACCUCCAAAGUUAGCACCACCUCCUUUACCACCUCGACGAUCUUCUCCUGCGAACAGUGUUACUCAAGAAACAACACACAGAAAAGAUCCUUUGGAUUUAUUUGAGCAGAACAUUUCUCCCUCAAAAGUACUUUUUUCUUUAAGUUUUGGGUUUUCUUUAUUUUUCAUUCCUUAA